UUAAACUAAAUAUUUAGAAAAACCGACUAUUUUAUACACGAUUUUCUACCUGAGUAAUAUUUUUGAGAGUGGCACCUAUAUUUAAAUGAAAUUUUCUACCAUUUGUUACCUAAAACCCAUAUCAAUGUGUUUUUGAAUCUAGAAUGUGAUUUUUUGUUUUUAUUUCUUAGCAGCUAAAUAAAGGAAUUGAAAGAGAAUGGCACCAGUGAAGUUUGGCCUGUUCAAAGCUCGCAGCAGGGACUAUCAGGAACAGCCUUCGACUGAGAACCUACUGCACACCAGCCACAGCACCGAUAAUUUGGGUCCGCCAUCUUCCCCCAUACCGUCGACCAGUAAGGGGGUGCUGGAUGACGCGGCGUCAGCUGAUCUGGCAGACCUCAACAUUGACAGCGAAGAUGAUGACACAAUAUCACAGCAAAAAAUUGUUACUCGGCGAGUAAGUGAUACAAGCAGACUGGAAGACUCUCAGUUGCAACCCCGAGCGGUGAAGGCGCGAUGGCGGGUAGGCGGCCAUUUUGUUGUAACGUCACGUCGUGUAAAUCUGAGGCGUACUUUGAAAAAUGUGAUAAACUAUCAGCCCCUUAAAAACCAAGCAUCAACGGAUGCUACAUCCAUGUCUACUCUAAACUCCGAGCUAGAAGAUCGAGAGAACACCUUAGUAGACGACGGAGAUGGUGCCUCAACAUCCUGUGACGUUCUCUCGUUACAAUUCGAUGAUACCUCUAUAGCAGCCAGCGAAGACCUGUCGGUCUACUGCGGGACUUUGAAGAAGACUAAGAAAAUCAGAAUUAAGGAGGAGAAGAAAUUGAGAGAUUUGGACAUGUGGCAAGCUAGUAAUGUUGAGGUUAUGCAGAAUCUCCUUAGCAGAAGUGGGACCCUUGAUGACCAGAUCAAAUGGGAGGCUAUUGCUACAGCCCGAGGGCUUUGCACCCUCAAAGACAGCUGUACUUGCGACGACUGUGUGAGGGCGAAGUACCUCGCGGGUGUCACAGACGGCGACGGAGGCCUGGGUGCUGCGCCCCUUUUUAAUGCCAUCAGCGUAGGCUGCGUGGUUCAGUAAAAAGUAGAAAAUGGGUGAUGAGGAAAUGACAAUGUGUGUUUUUUAAGGUUGGUAGCAUUGGUAAUUGUGUGGUAUUUUGUGUGCUAGCAACUUUGCAGUGUUGGGUGGUUUAUUAAACUCUGCAGUAUUUUGUCUUUGUAAUUAAAAUUACAGAACAUAAUGCUAUAAAUACGAUUUAUUGUGCAUUAUUAUUUCUGAGUGUUUUGAAUAUUAUUUCAAUAUGCUGAGUUUAUUUCAGACUGCAGAGUUUAAUAUAGCUGCUAAAAAGAAGGCUAGGCUGGGCUAACAAUUGUGAGAAUACAUAAUAAAGUGUUUAUUACGUAAAAUUAGCCUUAUUUUAAAACUCUGCAUAAUCAAAUAAUCACUUAUACACAGAUGGUAUUCAAUUAUUCUUACAUUAU